AUGACAUGUCUUAACACCGACGACUUGGGUCUCAGGGUCCAAGCGGCGUGGGUCCUUCUGUUUCUUGUCCGACAACUCAAAAUGGGUAUCUCUCGUGACUCCCGCCACAAGCGCAGUGCGUCAGGCGCUCGCCGCGCCCACUACCGCAAGAAGCGCAAGUUCGAGCUCGGCCGCCAGUCGGCCAUGACCAAGCUCCACACCACCAAGCGCAUCCACAGUGUUCGCACCCGUGGCGGUAACAUGAAGUACCGCGCCAUCCGUCUGGACUCGGGCAACUUUGCUUGGGGCUCCGAGGCCAUCACGCGCAAGACGCGUCUCAUUGCUGUUCGUUACAACACGACCAACAACGAGCUCCUCCGUACCCAGACCCUGGUCAAGUCGGCCGUUGUGGAGAUUGACGCCACCCCCUUCCGCCAGUGGUACGAGUCUCACUACGCCCAGCCUGCCGUUGUCGCCAAGAGCGCCGCCCCUGUCGAGGACGAGACCAAGAAGUCGAACCACGUCCAGCGCAUCCUUGCCGAGCGCAAGAAGGACGCCAAGCUCGACUCGCACCUCGCCCAGCAGUUCCGUGCUGGUCGUCUCCUCGCCGUCAUCACCUCGCGUCCCGGUCAGUCGGGCCGCGCCGACGGCUACAUCCUUGAGGGCAAGGAGCUCGACUUCUACCUCAAGAAGCUCCAGACCCGCAAGCAGAAGCACGCCGCUUAA